GGAAAGAAUAACCUCGGUAAAGUUAAAAUUUUGUUUAAUUUAAUUUAAAAAAUAAUGAAACAGGUCUAUUUUCAAUUUUACCCGGUUUGCUUUUCUACGUUUAAAAGUGGUCUAAAUUUAAUCUUGAACAGAUUAAAUGCUGAACCGGGCAAUUUGAGCUUAAGCCGUCGACAAGGGUGAAUCUUGUCUCCUUUGAAACACGCGUUAACCAGCGGGGAGGUUACACUUUCAAAACGCCUCCGAUUUCGUCCGGCGUUUCUCGUCCUCUUCAUCCAAGAAUGUCAAAUCAACAGAAUCAAGGUCAGGGUGACCAGAAGGACAGGAGGAGGAAGGAGAGCAUCUUAGACCUGUCGAAAUAUCUGGACAAGCAGAUUAGGGUCAAGUUCUCUGGCGGAAGGGAGGCAGCUGGCAUUCUUAAGGGCUACGAUCCACUCCUCAACCUUGUACUGGACAACACAACAGAAUAUUUGAGAGAUCCUGAUGAUGCGUACAAACUCACUGAGGAUACAAGGAUGCUUGGUCUUGUUGUGUGCAGGGGGACUUCGGUAGUCCUGAUCUGCCCCGUUGAUGGGAUGGAAAGCAUUCCAAAUCCCUUUAUCUCACAGGAGUCGUGAUAAAAUUAUUGUGCUAGUCAGAGCCAUUAUUUUAUAAUGACACAAUUUUUUUCCUUAAGACUUUUGUACAGAGCUUUUUAAUUUUAAACUUAUUAUA